UUAAUAUUUUCUUACAUUAUAUAUCAUCGCUGUUGGUUUAAGACACAUCUCGAGCUAGUUCUCUCCUGGUCACCAAGUUCAUCAAACUUCAUUUCUCGUGAACUCAGAAACAUAAACCUAAUCUCGAUGGGUAUCAUCGGUGAAGAACCGGUUCUGUCUAGACUAGAUCGGUUAGACAACCUGCUAAGGCAGUUGGAGGAAAUGAGAGGGAGCAAUAAUAAUGGCCAAUACUUGAGGUCUUCCAGCCCAAGGAGCUCUAGUGCAUCGACACCUUCAAGUGGAACGUUGGCCAGCACAUGCACCGACGGUCAUCCGUCGUCGGUCGAUUUCUCGCCUACGGCUAAGAGUCUGGAGAAGUACUGCCGUCCCAUGGAUGUGAUGGUGGAGACUCAGGUCAAAGGAACGCUCAUUCAGCGGCUGGACCAAGCAGAGGACCGCUUACUAAAGCUGUGUGUGCAGUUGGAGGAAGAAUUAGAAGAGAAGAGGCAAGCGGCUAAUGUGGAGAAGGGACAGAAGAAAGGAAUCAAGCACUUUGAAACAAUGCGUCAUUGGGAAACACUCGCAACCCAAACGUGCAGAAUGGAAAGUAGGCAAAGAUGGUUCAAAAAUAAAGUAAAAAAACAAUGUAUUUAUCAUGCAUAAAAGU